UACCAUUAUAUAAUAUAUUUCAAGACGCACAAACGUGUAAACCCUUCAUAGAACGCGUAUACAAUACAUAUUAUUCCUGGUUCUGUUUUCCCGGGGUUUGUUGAUAGUGAAACACACGCACUGAGAAUCAAGACCCAACAUUGUCGGUCUGUUUCGUGUGCUUUUUUAAAUCGGAUUGUUCCUACUAUUGACUGUUGUAUGAACACAAAUGAGUUGCACAGGAGACAGCGACACUGUCGCACGUACCAAACGAAAAGUCGCGUACAUUUACAGCCCGGAGUACAUAGAAACAUGCGAUUCUUUAUCCAAAGUGCCCAAACGGGCGAGCAUGGUGCACUCUCUGAUAGAGGCAUAUGAGCUCCUCGACGACAUGAGUGUGGUGAAACCCCGCAUGGCCACCAUCCAGGAGAUGGCCCAGUUCCACACGGACGCCUACCUGGAGCACCUGCACAAGAUCAGCCAGGACGGGGACAACGACGACCCCCAGUCUGGGGACUACGGCCUGGGUUAUGACUGCCCCAUCGUGGAGGGGAUCUUUGAGUACGCGGCGGCGGUGGGCGGGGCCACGCUGACAGCGGCCCAGUGUCUGCUGGAGCGCCGCUGUGAUGUCGCCAUCAACUGGGCCGGGGGCUGGCACCACGCCAAGAAGGACGAGGCGUCAGGGUUCUGCUAUGUGAACGAUGCUGUGCUGGGGAUCCUGAAGCUGAGGGAGAAAUACGACCGUGUGCUUUAUGUAGAUGUUGACCUUCACCAUGGAGACGGUGUGGAGGAUGCGUUCAGCUUCACCUCCAAGGUCAUGACCGUCUCGCUCCACAAGUUCUCCCCUGGGUUCUUCCCUGGCACGGGGGAUGUAUGUGAUACAGGUCUAGGUAAGGGUCGCUGGCACUCUGUUAACGUUCCUAUGGAGGACGGCAUCAAAGAUGACAAAUACUACCAGGUGUUCCUCAGCGUGAUGCAGGAAGUGCGCGCGCUGUUCAACCCCGAGGCGGUGGUGAUGCAGCUGGGCGCCGACACCAUGGCGGGGGACCCCAUGUGCUCCUUCAACAUGACCCCCGUGGGCGUGGCCCGCUGCAUGCAGCACGUCCUGCAGUGGAGGCUGCCCACCCUGCUGCUGGGGGGAGGUGGUUAUCACCUCGCCAACACUGCUCGAUGUUGGACCUUCCUCACAGGGUCUGUCCUAGAGAGAACCCUGUCCUCAGAAAUACCAGACCAUGAGUUCUUCACAGAGUAUGGUCCAGACUACACGCUGGAAAUCUGUCCAAGUUGUAGACCAGACCGCAAUGACAGCAAGCACCUGGACCACGUCAUCACCACCAUCAAGGGGAAUCUGAAGAAUGUGGUUUAGAAGCCGACUGGCCCCUCAACACUCACACACACACACACACACACACACACACACACACACACACACACACACACACACACACACACACACACACACACACACACACACACACACUGCCUGAUGUUUCCAGGUUUGCAUGCACGUCUGCUUUAAUGAAGACAACAUGGAGAGAGGGCGAGAGAGAGAGAGAGAGAGAGCUAGAC